AUGGCUCCUGAGAAAGUGAUCCGCAUCGGAUGUUACAGUGCCUUCUGGGGCGACUCCGUCUCGUCUGCCGAACAGCUGGUCGCUCUCGAGGGCAAGAACCUCGACUACCUCGUGGCCGAUUACCUUGCUGAGGUGACCAUGGGUCUACUCGCCCGUCACCGCAAGUCCGGCGGCGCGUCCAAGAAGCCCAGCCGUGCCGGUCCGGGCGGCUAUGUCGGGGACUUCAUCAACUUCGUCUGGAAAAGACUGGUCGAAGAUAUCGUCGCCAACGGCACUAAGGUCAUCACUAACGCCGGAGGACUCGAUCCUCUGGCCCUCAAGGAGGCGAUUGAAACUAUCGCCAAAGAGAACGGCAUCGACAACUUGGUCGUCGCUGCUGUCACUGGAGACGAUCUGCACGAGCGUGCCGAGGUCAUGAACGCCAAGGGCGAGCUCCUCCCCUUCAACUACAUCACCGGCAACAAGGAUGAAGUGGACCGAUACCCCGGCAAGGAGAAGAACAACCUGUCACUGAACGCGUACUUGGGAGCAGUGCCGAUUGCAGAGGCCCUUGAUGCCGGAGCUUCAAUCGUUGUUACAGGACGCGUUGUGGACAGUGCGCUCGUCUUGGGACCUCUCCUGCACGAGUUCAAGUGGAAUCCACUCAAGGAUUGGGAUCAGAUGGCAGGUGCCUCGCUGGCUGGACACAUUAUCGAGUGCGGUUGUCACACCACAGGAGGCAACUUCACCGACUGGGAAUUGAGCGCCAACUCGCCCCACGGAGGAUGGGCCAAUAUGGGCUUCCCUGUCGUGGAAUGUCAUGCCAAUGGUGAGUUUAUUGUCACAAAGCCAGCCGAGACGGGUGGAUUAGUAACGGUGGCUACUGUCGCGGAGCAGCUGGUCUAUGAGGUCUUGGACCCCGGAUCGUAUAUUCUCCCAGAUGUCAUUCUCGAUCUCCGCAAUGUCAAGGUGGCACAGGUUGGCAAGGAUCGCGUUCUGGUAACGGGUGCUAAAGGCAGGCCUCCAACCCCUUACCUCAAGUGCUCUGGAAUUUAUGUUGAUGGCUACAAGAUCACUGCUGAUCUCUGGAUUGGCGGUGUGGAUGCCAGACGCAAGGCACUCGCAGUUGGAGAUGCGGUCAUUAAGCGUGCCAGGAAGAACCUCGAGCGAUUCGGCAUUGAGGACUAUACCGCUGUCCGUGUUGAGGCACUCGGCUCUGAAUCGAGUUAUGGGCCCCACUCGACCGCUCUUGAUGCCCGCGAGGUCUGCUGCAGAAUCACUGCUGUACACCCCGAGAAACAUGGUCUACUUCUCCUUGGUGUCGAGUUGGCACCCAGUGCAACUGGAAAUGCUCCCGGUAUCACCGGAGGUGGAGCUGGCCGCCCUCAUCCCAGCCCCAACAUGACCCACUACUCGAUUUUGGCACCCAAGUGGGCCGUUCCUGCUCAAUUGACCAUUGGCAGCGGCGACAAGCAGAUCCAGAAAACCAUUCCCUUCACUGGACCAAGUGACGCCAAGAACGAGUACCCACCCGCUCUUCCCGCUGCUCCCUUGCCUUCAGCCAACUCGAACGAGGAGACCGUCCUUAUUCCCUUAAUCCGCAUCGCCUAUGCUCGUAGCGGUGACAAGGGUGACACUGCCAAUGUUGGCGUGAUUGCUCGCGAUUCCAAGUUUUAUCCUUACAUUAACCAGCAGUUGACUGCUGACUCUGUCAAGGAGUACAUGGGUCACCUUGCUCAAGGCAAGGUUGCGCGCUAUGAGCUCCCUGGUAUUCAGGCCUUGAACUUUGUCCUGACACGCAGCUUGGGUGGUGGUGGACUGAGCUCGUUGAAUUUGGAUCGUCAGGGCAAAUCUUAUGGUCAGAUGCUGCUUAGCUUCAAGGUCAAGGUGCCGAAGGGCCUUCUCUCGAGCCUGUAA